AUGAGCCAUCUUUCUUCGCACAUAGGGCCCGACGAACUUGCGUACCUGAAGAACAAAGGUGCAUUAACAAUUCCCCACACGAGUCUUCGCAACGAACUGGCCAAAGCCUACAUCGAGUUCGUGUAUCCUUACCUGCCCUCCAUAGACUUGUGUGAUUUCCUCGUGGUACUAAAUGGACAUGAGAUGGCUCUGAGCAGCAUGAGCUUAAUCCUUUUCCAGGCCAUCAUGUUCGCCGGGGCGGCAUUCGUGGACAUGUCACAUCUCAAUUCCGCUGGGUAUUUGACAAGAAAGGCAGCGCAGAAAGAACUAUUUCAAAAGGUUCGACUCUUGUAUACUUUGGAUUGCGAACCGGACCGAAUUUCUCUUAUUCAAGCUCUUCUCACAUUGACAUUCUAUUAUGAGACUCCUGACGACCAGAAGGAUACGUGGUACUGGAUGGGCGUGGUAGCUUCCGAGGCGUAUGCGCUUGGAUUGCACCUCGUACCAGAAAAAUCAGCCACAAAGGACUUCAAGCUACGGAAGAGGAUUUGGUGGUCGGUAUAUAUGCGAGAUCGAAUGAUUGGGCUCGGUAUGCGCCGUCCAUUUCAGAUCUCCGAGGACUAUAAUGUUCCAAUGUUGACAGUGGACGACUUCGAAGUCGCUGAGAUUCCGCAACGCAUUACAUGUGUAGCUGCAGAUUGCGCAGUUGCAAGAGACCCAGUGGUGCAGAGGCGUCUUGCGACUAUGUGCAUUGCCAAAGUCAAUCUAUGCCUCUGCGUUGGUCGUAUUCUGUCCAAGCAUUAUUUGAUCUUGCAACGGAACCAAGGUGUCGCAACUGAUAGAACCUCAUCGUUGCUGGUACCUAAAGAACUGCAUUGGGAGACGUCAGACAUCAGGCAUUGGGACGGGGAGCUAAAUCAGUGGCGAAAGAAUUUACCGGAGAAUCUUCUGCGACAGGAAUCGCUCACCGAACACAGGUCUAUCAACCUCCAUCGAUCUUUACUUCAUAUGAUCUUCUUUGCAGCGCUUUCUACCUUACAUAGACCAUGGGCAAUGUCGCAGACUCCACCACGGCCUUUGGCUUCUCCUGCAGCUCUUCUGCAGACCGAACAGUCGCGCGAAAUCGUUCGCCAAGCCGCGACAGCGAUCACAACUAUUGUCAAGAGUCUGGAUGAUGCCGACUUGGUUCAAUAUUUGCCACUGACCGGAGUCACGGUCCUUCUCCCAGCUCUUACAGCCCACCUUGUGGACCUGAAGGCAGCUGAGGAAUCGAUCCGGGUGGCAGCAUCGUCCGGGUUCUUCCAGUGCAUCCAAGCUCUGAAUAAGCUGCGAGAUCUGUACUUUGCCGCAGACUACAGUAUCGCCCUCAUUGAACAAGCAGCUUAUGCAACCGGCAAUGACACUGCCCGUAUCCAUGUAGGCUUCGAUUUAGUCAGCCGUGAGUUAACUAGCUCGGACAUGGAGACUGAAUCAGAGGCCGCGACGACGAUGGUGAGCUCUGCCAAUAAGACGUCGACUGUCCAUGUGACCCUACCUGCGACAGACAACGUACCACCUGUAAACGAAGCAGGGUACUUUCCAUAG